CUUUAAUUGUCUAUAUACAUAGAGUUGUUUUUCAUUAUAUUUUGAAUCAAAAAAAGUGUAGUGUUGAUUUGCGUUGAAGUGCAUAUUGAAACCAGCUGAAUAGAGAGAGAUGUCGAAUCAGAAGCUGACGCGCAUCGCCAUUGUGAGCUCCGACAAGUGCAAGCCUAAAAAAUGCAACCAGCAGUGCAAAAAGAGCUGCCCUGUUGUCAAAACAGGUAAACUUUGCAUAGAAGUGACUUCUGCAUCCAAGAUAGGUUUGAUUUCGGAGGAAUUGUGUAUCGGAUGUGGUAUCUGUGUUAAGAAAUGUCCAUUUGAAGCAAUCCAGAUUAUUAAUCUACCAAAAGACUUGGACAAGGAUACGACCCAUCGUUACGGUCCUAACACCUUUAAAUUGCAUAGGCUACCUGUGCCUAAACCGGGACAGGUUCUCGGCCUUGUGGGAACUAAUGGCAUUGGAAAAUCUACCGCGCUUAGAGUUUUGGCUGGGAGUUUGAAACCUAACUUGGGACGCUUUGAUAAUCCUCCUGAUUGGCAGGAAAUUUUGACUUAUUUUAGAGGAUCCGAGCUCCAGAAUUACUUCACCCGUAUUCUUGAAGAUAAUUUGAAGGCAAUCACAAAGCCCCAGCACAUUGAUCACAUCCGUAAAACUGUUCAUGGCAACGUUGGGCAAGUUCUUUCCGAGAGAGAUGAGAAAGAUAUGAAACAGGAACUUGCAGCCGACCUUGAGUUGAUUCAGAUUAUGGGCCGUAAUGUGGGAGAUUUAUCGGGUGGAGAGCUUCAGAGGUUUGCGAUAGCUGUUGCUGCUGUACAGAAUGCAGACAUUUAUAUGUUUGAUGAGCCAUCGAGUUUUCUUGAUGUUAAACAAAGGCUCAAAGCUGCCCAAGUUGUCAGAGCGUUGCUUCGACCUAAUAGCUAUGUGAUUGUGGUAGAGCAUGAUCUCAGCGUGCUUGAUUAUUUGUCGGACUUCAUUUGCUGCCUUUACGGGAAACCUGGUGUAUACGGGGUAGUUACUCUUCCGUUCACUGUCAGAGAAGGAAUUAACAUUUUCCUGGCUGGAUUCGUGCCAACAGAAAAUCUUAGGUUUAGAGACGAAUCUCUUAUAUUUAAGGUUGUUGAGACUCCACAAGAGGAAAUUGAGACGUAUGCGAGAUACAAGUAUCCAACCAUGACCAAGACUCAAGGUAAUUUCAGGCUCAAGGCCAUGGAGGGUGAAUUCACCGAUUCACAAAUUAUUGUGAUGCUCGGUGAAAAUGGGACUGGGAAAACGACCUUUAUACGGAUGCUGGCUGGUUUUUUGACGCCCGAUUCAGUAGAAGGAUCUGAUGUGGAAAUUCCGAAGUUCAACUUCUCUUACAAGCCACAGCAAAUCAAUCCGAAAUUUAAGGAUAGCGUGCGAGAGCUGUUGCACAAAAAAAUCCGGGACGCAUACAUGCAUCAACAGUUCGUAUCAGAUGUGAUGAAGCCUCUUUUGAUUGAACAAUUGCUGGAUCAAAAGGUUGAGAAUCUUUCUGGUGGAGAAUUACAAAGAGUUGCCCUCACUAUUUGUCUUGGACAGCCGGCUGAUAUAUACUUGAUCGAUGAACCGAGUGCAUUUCUUGACUCGGAGCAGCGUAUCGUUGCUUCAAAAGUCAUCAAGAGGUUCAUACUUCACGCGAAGAAGACUGCAUUUGUUGUCGAGCAUGAUUUCAUCAUGGCAACAUAUCUUGCGGAUAGGGUGAUUGUGUACGAGGGGACUCCAUCCGUAGAUUGCGUUGCAAAUUCGCCUCAAUCGCUUUUGACCGGAAUGAACCUCUUCUUAUCACACUUGGAUAUAACAUUCAGAAGGGACCCCACGAAUUUCCGGCCUAGGAUCAACAAACUGGAGUCGACCAAGGAUCGGGAGCAGAAGGCAGCUGGAUCUUACUAUUAUUUGGAUGACUAAGCAUGCUCCAAAGUUGCCUCAUUUACGAGCACCCGAAUGCCAGUGAAGCGCUGCAGCCCCUGCCCCGGGGUUGGUAACGAUGACAGGGCUACGUGUUGUGGUCCUCAACGUCGAUGUUUCAAGGUGAUGAGGCUGGAGGCUGCAGUGACGUGAUCGAGUGCUUGUUGGCUCCCCUGCUAGGAUUCUUUGUUCAAAUGUUUCAGAUUUGCCUUUUGUUUCUUGUUUUUGUUCCAUAUAAUCUGAUAUGUACUCCAUAUUUUGUUGGUGGUAGUUUAGUUUUAGUUAUUUUUGUUUAAUUUUCAUAUAACUGUGACAUCCGU